AGCCCACUUUUUCUAACCAGCCUUCUGUAAAACAUUAAAUUAAGAUAUCAGAUUCUCUGCUUUCAUUUGGUCGCCAUUACCUCCAACGCUGAACAUAAUGGUGACCCCUAGUUUAAAUCGCGGUUAAUCUCAGUACUUUAAAGCGAAUCGCUAGUAAAUUUAGUAAAAUUUGCGAGCCGGUACGUCGAGGAAUCGCCGCGUAUCCUGAUUUAGGCCGGGAGAGCAACGUUACCACGUAGGCAGCAACCGCGUGGGGCUCCGCCGACCUGAAGAAGCUGAAGAGGUGACUAGGAGGCGACCACACCACUCGAUCGAGCGGCCUGAGCCAACGCGACAGGCGCCGACCGAGCCACCAAAGCGGGACCACGUGCGUGGCACCGCAGCCGCAGCAGGGAACGGCUACCGCAAGUACCAAAGGGACCACGUGGGUGGUACCACACCAGAGGCAGAAGGAGCGCCCAAGCGAGGGCAAUCACCAAGCUACGCCACGCGCACGAGCAUCAAUCGAGAAGGCAAGUGAGCUGGCAUUCCCUAACCUAUCUACCAAAUCUCCCUACCAAAUUUAAUUGUAAUCGAUUUAUUUCCUACAAAUUGUAAAUUGUAAUCGUUCAUAAUCAUGUUAGAAACUUCCAAAAACACUCUAGAAGAGUUAGAAAUUAGGCAGUUAAAAAAUAGACGAGGUGUCUGUAAGCGAAAAUUAACUGUAUUUAAUAAAUUUAUAGAAAGAAUCGACUCAAGUGCAUUGACGGCCGAAAUAAUUGUAGACAUAAGCUUAAGACUAGAACAAUUACCAAAGUUAUACAAUGAUUUCUCUGAGAUACAGGACCGGAUCGAGACACUGUGCAGCGACGAAGGGGACAUCGAAGCCCACGAGGCCGAGCGUAUGUCAUUUGAGGACACAUUUUACCGACUUAGCGCUAAGGGCAAGCUGCUGGCGAAGGUAGAUACCGAUUCAACACCAAAUGACCAUAGUCCGCAAGCCCCGCCGCAGCAACCCUUCGGUGAGUCGAUAAAAUAUCCCGAAAUUAGCCUCCCUAGCUUCGACGGAGACCUAACACAGUGGCUGCAAUUUCGAGACACAUUUGAUGCCCUAGUCAACCAAGCUAGCUUAGCACCGAUCGUAAAAUAUAAGUACCUACGCAGUUGUUUACAAGACGGCGCACUUGAGGUAAUUAGUUCGCUCGAUUUCUCCGAGGACGCGUACAUGCUCGCGUGGCAGAUGCUUUGUGAACGUUAUAAUAAUCCUAAACGUUUAGUCACCAACCACAUGCGAGCCUUGUUCGACGUGGAACCGGUACCGUCAACUCCUUCGGGUCUAAGAGGAUUUCAAAACCUUCCUAAAGAACCGAGCUGACCGGCUGGAAGCGACCAGCCCAGCAGUACCAUCGGACGCACCCAGCACUUCCAAGAAGGCCAUGGUAACCACGUCCGAACCUAUCAAGGUAACCUCCAAACAGUUUAAAUGUAACCAGUGUCCGUAUUGUUCGAGUACGCAUUAUAUUAAUCAGUGUCCAAAGUUUAGUGCAUUAAACGUUAUCGCGCGCAUCCGAGCCGUGAAUAAAUUACGAUUAUGCUUUAAUUGUUUGUCCGGAACGCAUGUCUUAACAAACUGCAGGGCCAGUACAUGUCGAGUAUGUAAGGGCAAGCAUCAUACGUUACUACACAAACCAAAUACCAACACUCAUGUAGGUAGUAACCCCGUACCAACGCGAUUACCAAUAUCAACGUUAAUCGACGAACAACCGAGUUCUAGUCAAAUCGAGACUACCUUGUCGAAUAACACUUUAAUCGAAAAACAAAUAAACAAUGCGCGAAAUAGGUCAGUUUUCCUUACAACAGCCCAAGUGCUCGUUAGGGAUAAGCAUAACAAUGUGCAUAAAAUGAAGGCAUUUUUAGACAAUGGCUCGCAAGAAAAUUUCAUUACCGAAAACGCGGCCAAAAAGUUACAAUUAAACAAGGAACAACUUGCCUUAAAUGUCAUAGGUUUCAAUGAAAAAGUGUCUAGCCUUUUAGAAUCGUGUGACGUAACAUUGCAUUCCUUAGACGGAACCUUUACAACGAAUUUGUCCUGUUUUAUUACGCCUAUAAUUUGUACUACCAACAUUUUAAUACCAAACGUGCAACGUUGGCACAUUCCGUCGCGUUAUAAAUUAGCUGAUGACGAGUUUAACUUAGCUCAAGAUGUAGAUUUGCUUAUCGGUGGGGAGAUAUUCUUUGAUUUACUUCUUACCGGUAAAUACAAGCUCGGGCCCGGAUUACCGGUUCUGAGACGCUCGCGAUUAGGAUGGAUAGUCACGGGUUCCGUACAAAAAAAAACCGAGUCUGCCAUUCAAUGUAAAGUUACAGUAGAAACUCAAUUAAAAAAGUUUUGGGAAAUAGAGGAGGGUUCCGCACCAAAUUUACCCUAUGAUGAAAAACAAUGUGAGGAUAUAUUUCUGAAAACUCACACUCACAACUCUGAGGGUAAUUUCGAAAUAGAACUUCCAUUAAAGCAGCCACCUACCAAGUUAGGUCAAUCUAGGCACAUAGCAUAUCGGAGGUUCAAAACAUUAGAAUCCAAGUUCGAGCGGAACCCCGAAUUUAAAGAUAAAUAUGUGAAUUUCAUGCGCGAGUUCGAACAAGCUGGCCAUAUGAUUCAAUUACAAGAUAAUUAUGAUGGCCCAUGUAAUUUUCUACCCCACCAAGCUGUUUUUCGCGACUCCCCCUCAACCCCUAUUCGAAUUGUUUUCGACUGCUCAUGCAGAACUGAUAACGGCAUUUCUUUGAAUGAUAUCCAAUACAAAGGCUCAAUAAUACAGGACGAACUCAUAAAUAUACUUCUACGAUUCCGAAAAUACCAAUAUGUUAUUAACGCUGACAUACAAAAAAUGUACAGAUGUAUUUAUGUUAAACCAAAUCAACAAUACCUACAAUGCAUAUUUUGGCGGGAAAAUACUCACCAACGACUCCAAAUUUAUAUGCUGACCACAUUAAGUUUCGGCUUAAAGUCAGCACCACAUAUUGCAACCAGAUGUUUGUUACAAUUGUCAAACGAAAACCAACACACAUUUCCAGCAGCUGCAGAGGCCAUAGCGAACCAGUUCUACAUGGACGAUUUUAUCGCCGGCGGCGACGACGAGAAUCAGGUAGCUGAAACUGCAUCACAGGUGAACGAGAUCCUGCGGGGAGCCAACUUCACGCUGCGGAAAUGGAAGUCCAAUUCCGAAGUCAUCAUAAAACGGGUGAGCGAAACACACACACACCAAAACACACACACAACCGAAUUUGGAGAUAAAACACAUAAGGUCCUGGGUUUAGCGUGGUCUAGUGACUCAGAUGAGCUUAUGUAUACCAUUAAAGAAAACCAAAUUUCACACCCAAUCACCAAAAGAAAGGUACUAGGGGUAAUUUCGUCCAUUUUCGACCCCCUAGGCUUGACGGGACCAGUAAUUGUAGUAGCCAAAAUAUUUAUUCAAAAAUUAUUUAAGGCUCAAUUAGAUUGGGAUACCGAAUUAACACAAGACUUGAUCCAAGAAUGGAACACAUUCUAUCGAGACUUGUUUUUAUUAAACCAAUUGAAAAUUUCGAGAUGUACAGUCAUACCCAAUUAUGUAACGAUACAAAUUCAUGGGUUCUGUGACAGUAGUAUUAAAGCCUAUGGCGCUGCCAUCUAUAUACGAUCAAGCGAUAGAGUAGGAAACGUACAAGUUCACCUACUUUACUCAAAAUCAAAAAUAAGUCCAAUACAACCCCAAACUAUUCCAAAUUUGGAACUUUGUUCCAGUUUACUGCUCGCGACACAUGUCGACAAAAUAAAACGAGCAUUAAAAUGUGACGUUUCCGGAAUCAACCUGUGGUCAGAUUCAAAAAUAACAUUAUGUUGGAUAAAAAAUAGUAACCCUAAAUUAACUUGUUUUGUUAGUAACAGAGUCACAAAAGUAUUAUCACUUACAAACAAGCACGAGUGGUCAUGGGUCCGCUCGGAGGAUAACCCCGCCGACCUUUUGUCCCGAGGGGUAGCACCAGGCAAGCUGGAAACCAACCAGUUAUGGUGGUCUGGGCCGGCGUGGUUGACCCAAAGUCCGGACACAUGGCCGACCCACGAUUCUGAGUCACUAAAUCAUGCACCCGAGGCCGAGAGCGACGUAAACAUAACUCUCACCUUGGCUAUUAGCACAGAAUCUAACGACACGAUACAAUAUCUUUUCCACAGGUGGUCAAGCGAUAAAACACUUAUUCAUGUAUUAGCAUACAUACUUCGAUUUAUAUAUAAUACAAAAAAUAAAACUCGAACAAUUAAUCCAAAUAAUAAAUUAUCAGGACCAUUGUCCGUAGAAGAAUUAAAAAAAUCGGAUCACGCAUUAAUUAGACAUGCACAAAUGGAAUCAUUCCCACACGAAUAUAAAUUAUUGCAAAACAAUAAACCGGUUCUUAACAAAUCAAAAAUAUUAUCUUUACACCCAUUCAUGAAGGACGGACUCGUUCGCGUAGGCGGACGAAUCGGUCUUUCGCAUUAU